GGGAAGUUGAUGAAUUGAGCGGAUUUUAUGGUUUUUUCUUUUUGUUGAUCUUUGGAAUUUAAUUUUGCUUCUGUUUGUUACUGAGGCUUUUGUUCAUUCUUGUUCAUUCUUGUUAAAGUAGUGGAUUCAUUGAGCUUUUGUUCAAGCAAUGCUAAGAGAUCUAGGUUCUUAGUUCAGUUGUGAUUAUUUGUAGUUGAUCUAGUUUUAAACUCGGUUUGUUGCUUGAAUAUCUAUUUUUUCUUUUGAGUUUUGCUAUGGAUAUGAUUUUUAAUCGUUUUAGAAGCAUGGACUCCUUAUAUUUCCCUUCCUGAUUACUUUUUGGAAAGGGUUUUUCUGCCAUGGUUAACUGCAUCAGGUUUUCUCUGGAAAUAUCACUGCCUGAACCUGAAAUCUUAGUGCUUCUUUCUUAUAAUUUAUAUGAGAUGGAUGACGUUUAGUAAUAAUUUAUUUUUUUAGUUUUCAAAAACAAAAACUAAUUUUCUUUUUCUUUUCAAAACUUGGCUUAGUGGUUUAAAACGUUUGUAAAACGUAGAUUAAACAAAGGAAUUCAUGGAUGAAAGUUGUGUUUUAGUUGAAUUUUCAAAAAUUAAAUGUAGAAUACCAAAUGGUUAUUAAACGAGCCUUAAUUAUUAGAUUAAUGAAACUUUUUGGUUCUGAGGUUAAAAGUUAGCUAGGAGUUGAUAGUUCCUCGAAUUUCCAAGCCGUAUGCAAUUGAAUUUAGUGUCCUUGGUGGUUAUCUUAGGAAGGGCUUUUUUGAAGGAUCGAAUAACUCAGCCUUCGCUUUUGAUGUGGUGAAAUGGAAAUUAGGAGUUCUUUUAGAAUAUUGCCUGCACAGGUAAAGUGUGUAAUGUAUAUGUGUUUUCUUAUAGUGAGUAUAUAUACUUGUAUAGUGAAGGUUGAUGGUGGUUAUUUAUUCAUAUGAUCGUUCUUUUUUUACAUUAAAAUUAACUGGCGCAUCAACUGGUUCCAACAUUCAUCACCAGCCUGCAUCAAAGAUGGUUCACAUACGUCAACAGCCUCGACCUGAGGAACUUCAGACCUCCCUUUCAUUAGUUCCCUCAAACCCCCGACAUUCACCUGAGGUACUAAGAUCUAAUUCUGUCCAAGUUCAGGAGUCUCCUACUGAGAGUGCCAGUUCUCAGGAAACUUGGCCUAUUGGUGAUGGAGUGAUGGUAAAGAAGAUGGAAAAUGGAAAGGCAGAUAAUGACUUUGUGGAACAGUCAGUUAUUCAUCGUCUUUCUAGUGCUGAUAAAAUCUCCCUUCGUGACAUAGCUAGAGAUAGAAUUGAGGUAAUUGCGGAAAAGAUGCAUCACUUACCAGAGGAUUUUCUGGAAAAUUUGAAGAAUGGGCUUCGAAUUAUUCUUGAUGGAAAUGUCGGUGCACAACAGAGAGAUGAGAUUUUUAUGUUGCAAAAGCUUGUUCAGCGUAGAACUGAUUUAACUGCAAAAACAUUGAUAAGAGCUCAUAGGGUGCAGCUUGAAAUUCUAGUUGCCAUCAAUACAGGAAUUCAGGCCUUCUUGCAUCCAAAUAUUAGCCUUUCCCAAACUACACUCAUUGAGGUUUUUGUGUAUAAGAGGUGUAGAAAUAUUGCUUGCCAAAACCAGCUUCCGGCUGAUGAUUGCACUUGUGAGAUAUGUGCUAGCAGAAAUGGUUUCUGCAAUCUCUGCAUGUGUGUAAUAUGCAACAAGUUUGAUUUUGAAGUUAACACCUGUCGUUGGAUUGGUUGUGACUUGUGUUCUCAUUGGUCUCACACUGAUUGUGCAAUUCGUGAUGGAAAGAUCUGCAUGGGAUCCUCAGUAAGAAUUGGGACAGCACGAUCUGAAAUGCAUUUCAAGUGCCCAGCUUGCCAUCGAACUUCUGAGCUACUUGGUUGGGUUACAGAUGUUUUUCAACAUUGUGCACCUUCCUGGGAUCAAGAGUCUCUCAUGAAGGAGCUUGAUUUUGUCAGUAGAAUUUUUCGUGGAAGUGAGGACCUUGGAGGGAGGAAACUUUUUUGGAAAUGUGAAGAACUCAAAGAGAAAAUUAAGAAUGGAGCUCUGGAGUCUGCAGCGGCAUGCAAAGCAAUAUUGAUGUUUUUUCAAGAGAACGAGACAGACUCCAUGGGUAGUAUUGAAAAUGGGGAAGGAGGAAGGUUAGCAGCUCCACAGGAAGCAUGCAAUCGAAUCGCUGAAGUGGUGCAGGAGGUUAUAAAAAAAAUGGAAAUAGUUGCUAAUGAGAAGAUGAGAAGCUGGAAAAAGGCUCGUAUGGAUGUUGAGGCCUUCAACCGUGAGGUUGAUGACAAGGCCAAGGAAGCAGCAGAGAUAAAGCUUGACAGACAGAGAAAGAAGCUACAAAUAGAAGAACUGGAGAAAAUUGUUAGACUUAAAUGUGCAGAAGCUGAUAUGUUCCAACUUAAGGCCAACGAGGCAAAACGAGAAGCUGAGAGGCUACGGAGGAUUGCUCUUGCAAAAACAGAGAAGUCUGAGGAAGAAUAUGCUAGCAAUUACUUGAAACAACGUCUGAAUGAAGCUGAGGCAGAAAAACAAUAUUUGCUUGAAAAAAUUAAGCUACAAGAAAGCUCCAGACCUUUACAGAGUAGUUGUGGAGCUGAUCCAUCUCAGAUGCUUAUGUAUUCAAAAAUUCAAGAUUUGCUUUAUAAUGCCUCUAAGCCUGACUCAGCUAAAUGAAUGAGAAUUCUUCGGGAUUAAUUCCUUGUGAAUUCUAAGCUCUAGGAGCACAAUGAUGUGUAUAUUAAAACGUUGUUAGCUAUGUUGCUUUGUUGUCUGAUAAUGUAUGAAGCUGUUUCUCACUGGAUCUUCAGAUACUGUAUCGUAAAAGUAAUCAAGUCAUUCCUUGUUUC